GCCAGGGGACUGAGGGUUGAAGUUCUCCAGGCUCGGGAAAACGGGCGUCACGGCCAACACGAGCAACGACGCGACCAAAAUUUAUUCGAUUGGCUCUCGCCCAGCCUCGCCCGCACCCAAACAUUGAUCCGUCACGACUUGCUCUCACCUUUCCCUCCCCUUCAGCAAACGGCUUCACUGCCAGCUGUCGGCCCGCUGCCUCUCCUCUUCUCCCGUAUAGAAGCAUCUCCGAGGCCCUCGACCCCACCCUCAGGCCGCAACUCGGUGGUGCCCCUCACCUCCGCACCCGACUUUCCUCUCACCCACAGUUCACCGCACACGCGUCGCCCGCUGCAACGGCUACCCUAAAGGCCACCAGGCUACGCCCCCCCUCCUCAAUCCCGCUAGCCUCCACUAUCCGCCCCGAACCAUGGAGGACCAACUAGUGCAGCUGCUAUCAGCUACCCAAACCGCCCAAGAGGGCCCCCGAAAACAAGCCGAGCAGCAACUGCAAAGCCUCUACGGACACCAAGACUUCCCCAUCGCCCUCGUCGAGGUCGCCCGCCACGAGAGCGUGCCGCUCAAUAUUCGACAGGCUGCUCUGCUAUCCCUCAAGCAGCUAGUUUUGGCGGGAUGGAGUGAAAGCUUGGAUGAGUGGAAGGGUCAAGUGCUAAUAUCGGACGAGAACAAGGCCAAGAUACGCCCUACCCUGUUGGAGCUCGCAACAACCGAGCAGCUCGACCGCAAGCUCAAGGCCGCCGCCGGCUUGGUCGUGAGCAAGAUUGCCGCCGCCGAUUUCCCAGAUCAAUGGCCGGACUUGCUCGACUACCUACUGAACCUCAUCCCGAACGCCUCCGAAGGCCAAUUACACGGCGCGUUGAAGGUGCUUGGCGAGCUCGUCGAGGACUGCUUCAACGAAAAGCAGUUCUUUGCCGUUGCGAAGCAGCUCAUCAAGGUGGUGCACGAUGUCGCCGUCAAUCAGGCGAGGAAGCCGACGCUGAGAGCAUUGGCUUGCAGCGUGUUCCGCGGCUGCUUCGAUACCCUGGAAAUGGUCAUGGAAGACCAUAAGGCCGCCAUCAAGGGCUUUGCGGACGAGGUGCUGCAAGAGUGGAAUCCCUUCUUCAUCGACGUGAUGAAGACAAUCUUGCCCAAUCCGCCGUCGGAACAGGAGGAGAAUGAAGACACGCCGAAUGCAGAGACAUACCGAGGUCUCGUGGCCUUGAAGCUGCAGGUUGUCAAGGCCCUGAUGCGCAUACGAUCCGUCUUUCCCGCCGUACUCUCACCACAGAGUCCCGUCUUAUUCACAGCCACGUGGGACGAGCUCUCCACACUACAGCCGGCAUACCACCAGAUGUACAUAGUAGAAGAGCGACAGAGCAGGCUUGAAGACGCUGAUGGACUGCCGUAUACCCUAGACUUCCUCGUCCUCGAAGAGCUUGACUUCAUGCAGGCAUGUCUUCGAGCGCCGCCAGUACGUGACGAGCUCGAACAGCAGCUGCGAAAUCAGAGUCAGGAUGGAGAUGCCAGUACAACAUGGGUCUUUCAAGUCAUGAAGCUGGCGGUCGCCUACGCGCAGAUCACCACAGAAGAGGAGGGCCUAUGGGAUAUCGAUGUCAAUAUUUUCCUUUCGGAGGAGACCAGCGUCACAGCAAACUACACCCCCCGGACAGCCUGCGGAGAUCUAGUCAUCAAGCUUGGCGAGCGGCUCACGCGACCAACAGUGGAGGGACUGUUAGCCUACACCCGCUCGCUCUACUCGAUGGCCGAACCCCAGAGCUGGAAAGCCAAGGAGGCUGCUCUGUACAUCCUGAACCAGCUCCUCAGCGACUUCCAGGAUGUGGACAAGAAGAUCAGCGCAGACGUUGCUAGUGGCUUCAUCGACUUCAUUCGCUACGCGAUGCAGCAACCGGACGCUUUCCUGAGGGCACGCGGCUAUCUGGUUGCUGGCAGCCUUACAAAAACAUCCGAGGACGCCCUGCAACAAUUCGCGCCGUCCUUCCUUGAGGCCUGUCUUCAAGCAAUACCCAGUGAUCAGUCGGACGUGGUGCAAGUAUCGUGCAUCCGCGCGCUGCAAUACUACCUUCAGGCUCUUCCACCCGCAGUCACUCAGCCUCUGCAACAAUCCAUUAUCACAGCCAUCUCCAACUAUCUUCAAGCGCAGGAUAUGCAAGAGCUAGCUGAGAGUGAUGACCUCAUGACCACACUCGUCGAGACUCUUCGCGAUGCUAUCCUUCUCGACACACGGAUAUGCAUCACCGGUAAUGGAUUGGAUCUACUCUUCACGGUUGCUAGUCACGGUGCGAACAACUUCCAGCUAACCAUGUUGGUCAACGAGACGUUCGAAGAAGCUACAGAAAGUAUUUCUCGCAUGGGAGGUGAUGCGUAUGUUCAGCUCUGCGCGAAGGUGCUUCCCUCACUCACCGGAGCGUUCGACGUGGGCAAUCUCACUGAGGAGAACAACCUAACUAACCUCGCCGCUGACCUGCUCUCUGUCCUUGCCGAACGCGGGACAGAACCACUUCCCGCUGGCUUCGUACAGACUACUAUGCCGAAACUCACCCGGCUGCUGCUUGGCUCUAGUGAUGAGGAGCUCCUCAAGUCUGCAACCACAGCACUGAAGAAUAUCAUCUCGCACGACCACCAGCAGCUUUUCGAGUGGCGAGAUGAGUCUGGAAAGGCCGGCCUCGAAGUCGUGCUUCUCAUCAUUUCCCGUCUUCUCUCAGCGGAUGUCACCGACCACGCUGCCGGUGAGGUUGGUGCUCUUGCGGCCGAGUUCGUGGAGAAAGCCGGUCACGAGAGACUAGGUCCCUAUCUCGAAGAGCUCCUGCGGACUGUGGCCGCGAGACUAGGCAAGGCGAAACAGGCGCAAUUCAUACAGAGUUUGACUUCGGUCUUCGCAAGACUGAGUCUUAACCAUGCCUCGGAAGUUGUAGAGUUCCUGGCUAGACAGAACAUUGACGGCGAGAACGGGCUGCAGAUUGUGCUGGCGAAGUGGUUGGAGAACUCGAUCAACUUUGCGGGUUACGACGAGAUCAGGCAGAAUGUCAUCGCUCUUUCGAAGCUCUAUGACCUCAAAGAUCCCCGCCUAGCCGAGGUUCACGUCAACGGCGACCUCAUUCCAAACACGGACGGCCGCAUCAUGACGCGGAGCCGAGCCAGAGAGAAACCCGACGAGUAUACAAUCAUCCCGGCCACGCUCAAGAUCCUCAAAGUGCUCAUAGUAGAGCUGCAGUCCGCAUCUGGAGCUGCGCGGGAUUUGGACGCUGCCGCUGCGGCAGAGCUGGCCGAGGAAGGCUCUAACGAUGACGAUUGGGAAGACGAGGUGAAUCCAUUUCUGGAUCUCGGUAGCGGGUUCACCAAGGAGCAGCUUAUGGCCUACGCCGCGGACGACGGGCCCGGUAUGGGCAGGCAGAAGGAUGACGAGACGCAAGCCUUCCUCGUCGACUUCUUCGGGCGAGCCGCGGCGACGAAAGAAUUUCCAGCCGAAUUUCAGGCGCUGACGGAUGAGGAGAGGCAAAGGCUCCAGGAGAGCGCGAGCUAAGUACGGGCACGGAUUCCCAUGCCCGCCCUGUGGGGACGGGCUGGCGAGGAGAUGCGAGUGCAAGUGGGCGGAUGGAAGGAGACAAACAAUGUGCUUGGCCUUGAUCGCCUUGGUUUGACAAGGUCUUGUUGGCUGGCCAUGGCGAAUAGCCACGUUGCACAAAAGGGAAAAGGUGCGGCAUGUGUAAGCGCAGGGAAGGGCGUUAGAUAUCAACACGCGUAAACGAGUGGGGUUGGAUGGUCUCUCAGGCGCAAAGGUUAUACCGGUUUCUGGGUAGACGAAUGGGAGGGCAGCUCAUGAUUCGAGUAGUGGGUGGAUAUGAAUGGCUAGCGGUACCCCCUGAAUCUCUUCCUUAUAGUAAAUGCUUAACGGGGCAUAUAGGCUACGCAAGUCUUGCUCAC